GCUCCGGCUAGCUGAACGUUUUGUGAGAAGUAACUCGUAACUCAUUCGUUUUGUCGUUUGUUCUUUUAUUAGGUACUGUUAAACUUAUAUAUUCGUCGAUCAAUAUUAGAUGUCGAAAAGUUUAAAAGUGCUAUAAUUUGUUACGAUAAUAACGUACUAAUUACUGUUUGAAACUUGAUUAACUAAAGUGACCCUUGUGAAAACGGAAUAUUCACCUACUCUAAACAAGGAUAACGUGAUUUCGGCAUUGUUUCUUUUGUAUUCAAGGUGAAUUUAGACAAAGAUGUGCCCUAUUAAUGGCUGCUAUCUUGUGCAGUAAAGACCAUCAAUGCAACAUGGACAACUUGGAUGAUUCAGAGAACAAUGCGAAGAUUUCAGAUUCGGCAUACUCCAACAGUUGCAGUAAUAGUCAAUCUAGAAGGAGUCAUAGUUCUAAGUCAACACAUUCUGGAAGCAAUUCCAGUGGCAGCAGUGGCUAUGGCGGGAAACCCUCCACAUCUGGAAGCAGCAACAACUUGGGUCAACCACCUAAAAAAGAUAAGGAACCCAAGAAAAAGAAGCCUCAAAUUGAAACAAUGGUCCCAGAUGUAGUUGUGGAAACGGAGGCAAGGGCGCCUGAGCCGGCCCCUACAUUUGAUGCUCCGAAAGAAGAUCAGCUAGAUGUUAUCCCGUCGCUACCACCUGCGCAUGCGCAAUCAGAGAAGGGAGUGGAGAACAUGGACAUAUGUACCCCUGAGUUGAAUACUUUAAAAGAUGAGGUGGUUUCCUGCAACAUAUCUCAGGUUAAUCCUGCUUCAAGCUUUGUUACCGGUCGUCCCCUGCAAGCUUCUUAUUGCUCGGUACAAAGUAAACGAUACCAAGAGAUUGGCCGCUUCGAGAUGCGAUGUGAGAGCUCUGAACAGUUGCGUUGCAAGGAUGGAUUUUCAUGCGUGAUAUCUAUGCACGAUGGUGUCGUAAUGUACGCAACGUCAUCAUUGACGACUACUCUUGGUUUCCCCAAAGACAUGUGGAUUGGAAGAUCAUUCAUCGACUUCGUUCAUCCAAGGGAUCGCAACACCUUUGCAUCACAAAUCACGAAUGGUUUGGCCGUCCCUAAAAUUGUUAAUGGUACGCAAGAAAAAGUUCAAUCUCCAGCUAACUCGGUGUCAACAAUGGUUUGUCGGAUACGGCGGUACAGAGGCCUCACUACAGGGUUCGGUGUUAAAGAGAGAGUCGUGGGGUUCAUGCCGUUCCUGCUCAAACUCACGUUCAAAAACAUAAGCGAUGAAGAGGGUAAAGUCAUCUACUUGGUUAUACAGGCGACACCAUUUUUCUCUGCGUUUAAAAUGCCGAACGAGGUGGUGGUAAAAGCGGUGCCUUUUGUCAUAAGGCAUGCGGCUAACGGUCACAUUGAAUAUGUGGAUCCUGAGUCUGUUCCGUACCUGGGGUACUUGCCUCAAGACCUCGCUGACAAGGACGCGCUGAUGCUAUACCAUCCUGAUGACUUGAUGUAUCUACGACAAGUGUAUGAUACCAUUGUCAAAGAAGGAGGUCUCCCUAGAUCUAAGGCUUAUCGUAUGAUUACACAAAACGGUGACUACAUUCGGCUGGAAACGGAGUGGUCAUCGUUCAUCAAUCCUUGGUCUAAGAAACUGGAGUUCGUUAUUGGAAAACACCAUAUUUUAGAGGGCCCGACCAACCCAGACGUCUUUCAAUGUCCUGAGCCGGAAAAAUCAAUGAAAGUUCCCGAAGAAGAAAAAAACAAGGCACAAAUGCUGAGAGAGACCAUUAUUCGAACAAUGAAUGAGGCUCUGACUAAACCCGCGGAAAUAGCGAAGCAACAGAUGAGCAAGCGUUGUCAAGAUCUUGCUUCUUUCAUGGAGAGUCUAAUGGAGGAAGUGCCCAAGACUGAUGAGGAACUGCGCUUAGAGAUUCACGAUCCUGAUCACAGCUAUUAUGAAAGGGACUCGGUGAUGCUUGGUGGGAUUUCCCCACACCAUGACUAUUAUGACAGCAAGUCUAGUACUGAGACUCCGUUGAGUUACAACCAAUUGAACUAUAAUGAAACGCUGCAGAGGUAUUUCGAUAGUCACCAACCUAUCUCCUAUGAGGACUACAACACGGUCACCGGCGAAAACAUUCUCGGACUGAAAGAUCCGAGACCAAUCAUAAAUCAUUGCCUGUCUCCGAUGGCGCAGCAUUCGGGAGACUCUGGGGAAAUGACCUGUUCGUCUGAUUCCAACGGCAUGGUCAUGGGCAGUAACAGUCCCGUGAUGCCCCUCGGAGACUACCAACCAAUACGUCUCACUGAGGCGUUGCUUAGCAAGCACAAUGCUGAGAUGGAAAAAGAGUUAAUGAAGAUGCAUAGAGAGACUCGUUCUAGCAGUAAGGGGGAUCGGGAGAAGAACUCAAAUGAGACUAGGAAGAAGAAGAAGGAGCACUUGGCGCGUUGCAACGCGUCCUACCAUCCUACUAGUGCUGGCGCCACCAAUACUGAACAUCAGCAACCUCACGGUGUAAAGCGUACAUCUAAAAUGAUGGACGCUGAGGCCGGCGCUCACAAGCACCACUGCCCGUCGCCGCGUCAGGCGCGUCGCAAUAAACGCACGUUGUCUACCAACGCGGCCGUCGCCCAACCAUCUACCAGCGUUACCACGACCACUGUCGGUCAGUUGGCUACAGCAUCGAAUCAUUGGCCAACCCCUCCUGCAAACAAUAUGAACACGUUCAUCUUGGGCGUAGGAAUCCCUCAGCAGAUGUCUAUAAUGAGCCCCAUGCCUCAUCCUAUGCAGGCCAUGCACACUAUGCCGGCGGUGCCAGGCAUGUUCCCGAUGUACUACGCGCCGGCGGCAGCGCCGCAACCGAUGCCAACAAGCUCAGCGCAUCAUCACAUUCCUUCAAGCAGCCAGCAUCAGUUUCCUGCACCCAUGAUGAUGUACAGCCAGCCAAUGUACGGAGCUCCUUUCAUGUACUCGCCAAUGGCCCAACAAAUGUCUUACCCCAUGCAGCAAUCUCACAUGAUGGCACAGUCCAUGCAACAAUACACCAAUACCAUGAACCCUUUAGGGUUGACCAGCAGCAACUAUGAAGAGGCUUGUAAGCCCAGUUUAACAUUGAGGCCAGGCAAGGUGCAAGGCAGUGUGUGGCGCGACAAGAAAAGAGCAGAAUCUCAAGGCACAUCUUCAAAAACAGACAACGGCAGCGCAGAUAGUAACUCAUCUACGAAUGCGUUGAAUCGGGUGUCGGGGACGCAAAAAAGUCACAGUGGGAACGAGAAGUCUACGAUAUACUCGACUGACAUCAGAUCUUCAAACAGUAUGAGCGCUAAGAGCACAGAGGCUGUGCCGAACACUCCACCUUCAGCCAGGGAGAGUCGCCUCAGCAAGCUGAAUCGGCUGGGCAACAGCGAGGAGACCCCCGACAAGACUGAUGGAGAGUCUAGCUACUCGUCCUUCUACUCUUCCUUUUUUAAGACUGAGUCCGGUAGUGCCGAGGAUAGUGGUGACGGCAAGAAUGGCAAGGACAAGCAAGCUAGGAGCCCCAUAAAUCUGACAUCUUCAUACCAUGUAUCUCACCCAACGAAGAAGGUUGCCAGAAGGAAAAUGGAACCGCCAUGGUUGGAACAGGUAUGCGUGACAUCAGAGUUAGUCUACAAGUACCAAAUUCUUACCAAGUCUAUGGAGGAGACUUUAUCCUCUGACAAACAGAAGAUGAAAACUCUGGAACAGCCUUCACUAGUGAACGAGCAGCUGAGCCAGUUGUACCUAGACCUUCAGCUGGAAGGUGCUGCGGCGAGGCUGACCUUGGAGGAAGGUAUCACUAGUUCCAGUAGUUCCGGUGAAGAAACCACCACAGUUACAAAGCCUGCUUCUAACAGAGCCUCAACUUCUGGAAAAAGCGAAGGAAAGAGACAUACGACUUCACGUAGGAAACGGGAGUACAGCAAGUUAGUUAUGAUUUACGAAGAAGAUGCGCCGUUGCCGCCGCCUGCUGAAGACGUCGUGGAAGGGGGUGAGGCAUCCAGCUCGUCCACUUGUUAAAUUAGGACCGUCAAAGGUCUAGUCGCAAGUCUUCGUCACCCUCGUCACAUUAUGUCGUAGCAAUGCACAAUAAUAGUAAAUUAAUUUGCAUUUAAGCGUCAUGAUAAAACGCACGACGGUUCAGGGAAUAUUAAACUUCAAAUAUUCGUAAAUAGACAUAUAGUUGUGUGUAAGUAUGAACACGUGUCGUAGCUGUGUGUUUGACGGGCCUUUCUGUACUAUGAUGAAGAUAUCGUGCUUGAGCUCGUGUCUUCGAACCCAGAUCUCAUUCAGUUCUCGAGUUAACUUGAAUGCAGUAGAUGUGUGGUGUGAUUCUAACUGUAACUUAAGUCUCUGUGUUACAUUUAUCUUAUGUAUAGACUGCCAUUAGCACCAAAUAAUAGUGAUCGUAGACUACUUUGCUUAAUUGAUAAAUAUGGAAAUUGAAUUAUUUUUGUUACGAUUUUGUUGCGUGUGUUAUUAUUUUGUUUGUAUUUUAUGAAACAGAUUCUAAUACUGAAUUUUAAAAUAUUUGAUAUAAACGUGAGUUAAUCUGGGAAUGUUAAGAAUACAAGAUUUUGUUUGUCCUAUUCGAAUCUGUGAUACUCAAAUUCCUAUUACAGAUAGGUAGUACAACUAGAUAAAAAAGAGAUUUAUUAAUAUAAUUAUGUAUCUAUGUCAUUUAAUGUAAAUGACUUAUUAAUAUUAUUAUAUUGGGGAAAGUAGUGAACUCAGUUUGUGCGCUUAUUGUAUCUUUAGUUCUCUUAACAUUCCGUUUGGUGCUCUGUUGCUCACAAUGGCUUGAAAAGUAUUUUAACAGGGUAAAGUAUUAUGAUGAAUCAGAAUCAAAUAUUAUAUUUUCAUAAUAGGCAAGUUUCCGACUAGUCAAGAUAAAUACUUUUUUGCAAAGUCAAAGGAUAUUUUUUUUUGAUUUUGUAGGUACGAGAUUGGGUGCUGUGACAUAACAGCAUACAGUUUUCUUAUGUUUCUAAGAAAAUACGAAAAUUUCGUAUUAAAGAAAAUGACUUUUUUUUUUAAUUUUACUGUAUUAUAAAGUCAAAUUACUGACUAAGGUAUUCUAUGAGUUUUGUAGAUACCUACAAAUCUUCGCAGUCUGUUUGUUGUUAUGUCACAAUAAUUCCACGUCAAGUACUGCCAAAUAAUGCACUCAUUUAUUUAAAAAUAUUUGAAAAUUAAGUAAAUUAAUUACAUGAUCGAAUCAAUUAAUGAAAGUAUGAUUAUUUUUAAUAUUCUAUUGUAUUAAUUGGUCGAAAUAAUGUAUUGUUGACUGUGGAAACUACCCUACUUUAUUUAUACACAUAAAUAUAUAUAUAUGAGCGUUAUGUUUAUUGAAUUAUACUUACAGUCAAAGACUUAUUGCAUUUACUCGAUCACGCAAGACAUUGCUAUGUUGGUUGUGCGUUGUCCUAUUUAUGCAUUUGUAAUAAAUAAAAUAAAGAGCUGGACUGACUUGAACGUAUUGUGAUAUGAAAGAAUUGUCAGAUUUAUUAUCAUUUGUUGUAUACUUAAGUGGUAAUUUUUGCGUUAUCGAGUGAUUAUUAUGUUAAACGUGUCUUAGUUUUAUUUUAUGAAACAAAGUUGUCAAAAUGAACCCAUCAUCGUAACAGGUGCCUUAGAAUCGAUCUUUAAACUAUUGUUCAGUGUCAAUUUAAUCGAUCAAAAUUACAAUAAAUUGAUUUUAUUUUGUUUCACGAUGUCAUUAGAGUAGGGUGUGUUGAUUAAGCUGUUGGCAAAAGUCCGUGCAGGGUUUGACAUUAUCAACUUUUGUUUAGUAUUUCCUACUAAAAGAAUAACAAUCUUUUUGAGAUAUCUCUUUAUAUUUAAAUCGAGUUUGUAAUUAAAUAAUUGAUAUAAUGCAUUUAUUAUAAAUGGUAUAUGUGAUUGACGAAUUGAUGAGUUUUUAAUGUGUUGAAAGUCUAGUUUUGUAUGACUCGAAAUAUAUUUUUUAAAAGAGAAAUUUUAAAAGUUAUGGAAUUGUCGUGCGGUCUUUAAAUGCCAAGGUUACCAAAUUGAUGUAGGUUAUAGAAAAUUUGAAUACUUAAAUGAGGCAUUCAUUCCUACGUUGAGAAUCAGAACAGACAGAAUAGGUGACUGUGGUUACCUUAGUCCUAGUUAAGAUAUACAGUAAGUGUGAUUAACGUUAAGUUUGAUACGAUAGUUAUUUGUAAAUAUUAUUUGUGCACUAACGAUUACAAUAAGUUGGUGUUUACUAUUAUGUUAAAUUAAAGUUAUCCGUUUCUAAUAGAGACGUAUAAGAGAAUUUUAUCACUAAAUUGCAAUAUAGUAUAGUAUUCAUGCUGUUUUAUAGUUGAAUACAUAGUUUAUUACAUGCAUAGAUGUUUCUUUUUAUUUUUAUCUUGUGUGUGGUAACUGUCCUACCAUUUUUGUCAAUAAAAGAGAAAGAAAUGUUGAAUUUAUUACAUGCCAGUAAUUUUAUUCUUAUUUUGAAUUAAAGUGGCGAUUAAAUAGAAGCGGUAUUUUUUUUAAUGGUAAAUUCUAGUUUCCUUUUAAUAAACCGUGCCGUUAUUUUGUCGUCUAUCACUUUAGUCUUCUGUCUAAUUUAGAUUAUUAAAGCUUAUAAGGGAGGGGAGGAGAAUUACGUUUUUCUUAAAAUCAUUGCCAUUAAAUAAUUAAUUUUAUUUGCUAAUUAUUACGAUUCUGAAAACGAAUUGGCGUUUAUUUUAUUGAUGUUGCUUAUUAUUUUUAAAAUAAUUGUAUUAUGAGAAAAUUGAAAUGUUACGAAUAAUUCACCAAUAUAUGACAUUUCUGUGAAAUAAAUGAUUGGAAAGUGAAUA